AUGGAGUGCUCAGGUGAGAAUCCUGCCAGCGAUCCACAGCCUGAAUCGGCUCCUGAUGAGGAAUUUGGCACUCUGAAAUAUCAGCUACUCGGUCCCUCUUUAACCAAAGCGGGCCAAGACUCAGUCGAUCAGCAAAAGGUAUCGGAGAUUAUCUACAAUGCCUCCAAGGGCUCUAAGUUCUUUAAUCAUGAACAAGAGCGGGAUCGAAACCUCACGUUGAAAACCGAGCGAAUCGUAAAAGAAAAGGCACGGCUGGAACGUCUAGACUUGAACAGUGAGCUACGACGUGCCGAUGAAUACCUCGCUGAGCUAGAAUUGAGCCGUGAUCUUUCUCAACAUGUCAUUCAUGUGGAUUGUGACGCGUUCUUUGCCGCCGUCGAGGAGCUUGACCGGCCGGAGUUGAAGACAGUCCCUAUGGCGGUCGGUAAAGGAGUCUUGACAACCUGCAACUAUCUCGCGAGGAAGUUCGGCGUUAGAAGUGGCAUGGCUUCGUUUGUCGCGAAGAAGCUCUGCCCGCAGUUGGUUCUUUUGCCGCAGAACUACGACAAAUACACCGCAAAGGCCAAGGAAGUCCGCGCUAUCAUGGCCGAAUAUGAUCCUCUUUUCGAGAGUGCGAGUAUAGACGAAGCCUAUUUGAAUAUCACAGCGUAUUGCAACGAAAAUAACCUGGAGCCUGAUGAAGUUGUUCGGCGGAUGCGUGCAGAGAUAUUGGAGACAACCAAGGUGUCCGUUUCAGCCGGAAUUGCUGCUAAUGCGAAGGUCGCAAAGAUUGCCUCCAACCUCAACAAGCCCAAUGGGCAAUUUCAAGUCCCCAAUGAACGUGAGGCAAUUAUCGAAUUCAUGCGCGACCUCUCGGUCCGCAAAGUCAAUGGAAUUGGCCGAGUGUUCGAGCGAGAGCUGGAAUCAAUAGGCGUGAAAAAGUGUGGUGAUAUCUUCCCACAUCGUGCUUUAUUGACCAAGCUAUUUGGGGAGAAGGCCUUCCAAUUCCUGGCCCAGUGCUACCUCGGUCUUGGGAGGACCAAAAUCGAGCCUAUUGAGACACAUGAACGUAAAAGUGUCAGUACGGAGACUACGUUUCAUGACAUCGGAGACAAGGAGGAACUACGAGCGAAGCUCUGGUGGGCUGCACAGGAGCUUGAAAAGGAUCUGGCACGGACUCAGUUCAAAGGCCGCACGCUUGCCUUGAAAGUCAAGCUGCAUACUUUCGAAGUGCUCACGCGCCAGACAGCCCCAUCUCGUGCCGUCUCCCUGGCAAAAGAUCUGUAUUACUUUGCUUUGCCCAUGCUCGCCAAGCUUGAGAAGGAUAUCCCGAACAUGAAGCUACGGCUCCUCGGUCUUCGCUGCUCGAAUCUGGUCAGCACUCAGAAAGUUGGGAUUAACUUUUUCGGCGUAGUGACACCAAAGCCCGCGACUGAGCCCACUCCUGUGUCGGCCUCUGGUGUGGAUACAGAUCAUGAAAUUUGUGCCGAGGAAGCUUUCGAGGCGGCGGCUCGGCAAGAAAUCCAGGACGAGAUGAAUGAUCUAGAGCAGCUGAGUCAAGAAACACCUGCUGUUUCUGUCGCUCGCAGGCCAGAGGCCUCUGCAGACCCAGAGGUCGUUGAAGCACCCCCAAUGUGGGACUGUCCCAUAUGUACACGGCCACAGAUUGCAGAUGAUCGCAUUUUCAACGAGCAUGUGGACUUCUGUCUCUCUAGGCAGACGAUCCGCGAAGUGGUGCAGGAUACCUCAGAAGAAACACCUUUGAUACCCCACAAUUCCAGAAAAAGGAAGAUGGCAUCGCAGGCUGGUAUUCCCGAAACGGACCCAAAACAGAAGCGGCUUUUUUUCCAAUGA